AGAGGAAAGGGUUUCUGAAAAUACCAUAGUUUUGUUUUUUUUAAAGACAAAGGAAAGAGAAUUAUAAUAUAAUUUUUGUUGUUUUUGGUAAUGGGGAGAGGAAGAGUGGAGUUGAAGAGGAUCGAGAACAAGAUAAGUCGACAGGUGACAUUUGCAAAGAGAAGGAAUGGGUUGCUAAAGAAGGCUUAUGAGCUUUCAAUUCUUUGUGAUGCUGAGGUUGCUCUCAUCAUUUUCUCUAACCGUGGCAAGCUCUAUGAGUUUUGCAGCACUUCUAGCAUGGCUAAGACAAUUGAGAGAUACCACUGGUGCAGCUAUGGAGCAUUGGAACCUGGUCAAACAGAAAAUGACACACAGCAGAGCAAAUACCAGGAAUAUUUGAAGCUCAAAGCAAAAGUUGAGGUCCUUCAACAUUCACAGAGACAUUUUCUUGGGGAAGAUAUAGGAGACUUGGGCUCGAAGGAACUGGAGCAGCUUGAGCAUCAGUUGGACUUCUCAUUGAAGCAAAUCAGGUCAUCAAAGAUGCAAUUUAUGUUUGACCAACUUUCUGAACUUCAAAGAAAGGAAGAAAUCCUACUGGAAACCAACAGAAUCCUGAAAAGGAAGUUGGAUGAAAGUACUUCAACACUACAAUCAUCAUGGGAAAUUGGGGAGCAAAGUAUUCCAUACAACCACCCACCUCCUCAGUCAGAGGGAUUUUUUGAGCCUUUACAAUGCAGCAGUUCUCUGCAGAUUGGUUACAAUCCUACUGUAACAGAUCAGGCCACUGCUACACCCUCUGCACCAAGUGAAUUCAUCCCUGGUUGGAUGCUUUGAUUGUUUUAACUUUGAUUAAAGACUCCAUAUCUUCUCAUAUAACUGAUAAGAAUAGAAAAUAAGCA